AUGGAUUCAGACGCCGACUUUCCCUUGGGCACCAAGGUGCUCGCCAAGUACUCGGGCAAGCACUAUCCUGCAGUGGUGGUGCGGCCCAACGCGACGCAAAGCCGCGUCGAUCACAAGGAAGGGCAGUUCUUUGUUUUCUACUUUGCCCAACCACCGGCCUGGUCUUAUGGCUAUCACAACAAGACGGAUCUCACGGCCAUUGAUAGCGAUGCUGCCGCCAAGAUCAUUGCCAAGAGCAAGACCAAGGUCUUUCUCAAGGCCAUGAAGGAGCUCAACGACGACAGCAAGCAGCCGCCCGAAAUGGCUCCUGAUGCCAAUGAGGACGCCGAGAGUGAGGAGGAAGAGGAAAGCGAGGAAAGCGAGGAAAGCGAGGAGGAAGAGGAAGCAUCGUCAGCCUCAGAGUCCGAGGAAGAGGCGAAGAAACCAAGCAAGAAGGCCCCCACAAAGGCCCCCGCGAAGCGCCCGGCCGCCAGCAAGCCAAAGUCCAAGCCCAACGCCAAGGCUCGUAAAAGUGCCGCGCUUUCAGAUAGCGAUGAUGACGAUGAUCAAGCUGCCGCGCCGCCCAAACGUGCCAAGGCCAAGGCUGCGCCAAAGUCCUCAGCGAGCAAGAGCAAGCCGAAGACACCCAAAAUCCAGGCUCAGCCCACUCAAAAAACCACCAUCAUUUCGGCGUUGCCCGAGAUCUCAUCCAGUGAGGAUGAGGUCGAAGACGAUGAGCCAAAGUCAAAGCCCUCAAAGCCUUCAAAACCCGCACCGACCAAAGCUGAACCCAAGGCCAAGGCCAAGGCUGAGCCCAAACCCAAGGCCGACGCCAAGCCCAAGAGCAAGGCAGAAAAGCCUGCCAAGCCUGCCUCUAAAGCCAAGACGCCGGCGUUCAAUCCACAUUUGCUCAUCUUUUGUUUGCUUCUGACAGCACAAAACCGCCGCGACCUUUGGCCCCUGCUCCUGGACUCCAGCGAGCCCUUGACCCGAUGCAUCAUGCCGGUUUGCAUUGUGGCGUUAGAUGUUGAGCAUCAAAUGAAGGCGUUUGCCAAGGAGCUCAUGACAUCUCUGCCCAAGGACAGCCCCAACAUUCCGGGGGCAUUGGCAGCCCUGGACAAGUUGGAUGCUCUGAAUUGCAAGGCUUCAACCUUGAUGCAGCAGGCUGAUAUCAUCAAGGUCGUCAAACAGGUGGGCAAACACUCGAAUGAAAAGGUGUCCGCUAAAGCCAAAGCGCUCUGCCACAAGUGGAAGGACAUGGCUGCCAAAUCUCUGCAGGCCGCCUCAGCUUCGGCCUCGAAUGGCUCGGUGCCACCAAAGUCGGCUGGUGCAGCCGAUCCGCCUAAAUCAGCACCCGCAAAGCCCAAUGAAGUUCCACAGGCGUCAGGGCCAUCAGAGCCCCCCAAAUCGGCGCCUCCAAAGGCGGCCGACGCUUCGGCUUCUUCCGAAGGCGCUGGUGCUUCGGCUUCUUCCAAGCCAACCGAUACUGACGCAGCACCCUCUCCCAAGCCGACUGACGACCUUCCGUCUGACACGGCCGAAGUGCCAAAAAGCGAAACGACGGCAACACCAACGACCUCGGCUUAGUCUUAAUGACACUUUUUCAGCAAUUAACUGGUGCCAAAGUGAAUUUUCACUCGGUCGGGUGUCGUGUGGGCAUGCCGGGGGACGCGCGUGUAUGUGUGUGUGUGUAUGUGGGAUAUGCGAAUUGUCACAUGCUGCCCUUGUGUUCAUCCCACCCAACUUUGUCCUUCUGAGCAUUUUUGCGAGGCCUGCAGCUCUGAUCUGAUGCUCCGCGACACCAAAACUUGUUUUAUCACAUGAAUUUACGUUUCAGUC